AUGGCCAAGAAUAAUCUCACCACAGUAACUGAGUUCAUUCUCAUGGGCUUUACUGAUUACUCCAAGUUGGAGAUUCCCCUGUUCGUGAUGUUUCUGAGUUUCUAUGUGGUCACCCUUCUGGGAAAUGUGGGGAUGAUCAUUCUGAUUCAAGUGGAUGUCCAACUCCACACCCCAAUGUACUUCUUCCUGAGCCACCUCUCCCUGCUAGAUGCCUGCUACACCUCGGUCAUCACCCCUCAGAUCCUGGCCACACUGCCCACAGGCAAGAUUGUCAUCUCUUAUAGUCAGUGUGCUGCCCAGUUCUUUUUCUUCACCAUUUGUGCAGGUACUGAGUGUUUCCUUCUGGCAGUGAUGGCCUAUGACCGCUAUGUCGCUAUUAGCAACCCACUGCUCUACACUGUGGUCAUGAACCCCAGAAUCUGCUGGAGUUUGGUGCUGGGAGCCUAUGUCUGUGGGAUGUUGGGGGCCAUCUUGCGUACCACAUGCACCUUCACCCUCCCCUUCUGUGACAACAAUAAGAUCAACUUCUUUUUCUGCGACCUCCCACCUCUGUUGAAACUCGCCUGCAGUGACACAACAAACAGUGAGAUUGUCAUUGUCUUCUUUGGAAACUUUGUGAUUUUGGCCAAUGCCUUGGUCAUCCUGAUUUCCUACAUGCCCAUCAUCAAGGCCAUUUUGAGAGUGAAGUCUUCAAGUGGCAGGGCCAAGACUUUCUCCACAUGUGCCUCUCACCUCACUGCUGUGGCCAUUUUCUUUGGGACUCUCAUCUUCAUGUAUCUGUGGAGUGGUUCAGGCAAAUCCCUGGAGGAAGACAAGGUUGUGUCUGUCUUCUACACUGUGGUCAUCCCCAUGCUGAACCCUCUGAUCUACAGCCUGAGAAACAAGGAUGUGAAGGCAGCAUUCAAAAAGGUCACUGGUAGAUUCCAGGGGUCCCAGAGCAUGUAGAUCUGAGUGAGAGGAAUUCUCCUCUUGGUCCAUUUUCUUUCCAUAUCAAUAU